CGCCCCGCCCCCGUUUUUAAACCUGGCGCCGAGCGCCCUGGUAGGUGAGCGCCCUCGCCCGAGCGGUUAGAGGCGCGGCCGAGUCGCUGGCGCCGCCGGAGGGGCGCUGGCUGUGCGGGCACCAUGAGACCCGAGGCGACGGCCGGAGCCCGGGAGGCGCGGGGGCGCUUCUGUCACUGCCCCGCCGACGGUCCCCGGAGGCCACCGCCGCCGCGCGGGCCGGAGAGCCCCACGCCAUGGAGACCUUGGAUCCUGACACCCCAAGAAACUGAGCUGCCCGCAACUGGAAACCCGCUUGAACCUGGUGAUGACCGGCAAACUCCGGGAUCAAAGGGUGCCUUUGGGUUUCAGCAUCCUGUAAGACUUUAUUUACCCAUUUCAAAGCGCCAAGAGUAUCUGCAGAGUUCUGGGGAAAAAGUGCUGGCCAGCUUCCCGGUGCAAGCCACAAUCCACUUCUACAACGAUGAAUCCGAUUCAGACGAUGAAGAACAAGAAGAAGAAACCCAGUCUUCCGAACUUCAGUGCCAGGAGACAGAAGGUCAGGCGGAGAAUGGCCCAGGAGGGAAGGGCAAGGGCCAGCUCACAAACCUGGGACGGAGGUCUGUAGGACACGGUGGCCUCAGUGGUCACUCAUGCACACUGUUGAGAAAGGAUUCCAGGACCAGGAGAAGGUUUGUGUUGACAUGGGUUGUUAUUAGUUGGGACCAACUUUCAAAGCACCAUUUGCCAUUGUCACUGUGCCAUUAAGUGACAGAUUAUUCCAGUAUAGGUUACGACCCCACCUGUGCCUCUCACGUAACCUCGGACUCUUUAUUCGGCGAUUUCUGCUUUUGUAAAAAUGGCGGAGCUAUUGUCCCAGGGUUGAUGUAUUUGCUUGCUGGCAUUCCCAAAAUAUUUAUGAAAAAUAAAUAAAACUGAACAAUUUCCAUAAGAGUAACAGAAAUUUUAAAUGUGGAUUUUUAGGGGACAAUUCUGGAUAAAAAUUUGUGAUUCUUGUCUAAGGGCUGAGUGUAUGAAUAAAUGGAGAGAAGAGCUUUAACUCUUAGUUGGGGACUGGUUUGGGCUUAUUACUUGAAUAGAAUAACACUGUUUUCAAUCAAAUUAUCUAAUAUAAAAUUAUUUCCAUUUUUUUAAUAUUUUGAUGAUUAAAUGAGUGCACUCCACAAGUUUAUCACUUAACUAUCUUACAUGUGGUUGUUUUCCUAUAUAUAGUACAUUAUAUAAAUGUAUACUUGAAAUAAAUAUUUUGAAAGAAAAA